AUGGAGUACCAACAAACCUUGCCUAUCGACAAGUUUCAAAACUCGCCCACCGAGUCUCUCAUGUCAAUUCCAGGGGACGGCUUCACAUCGCUCUUCGACGUCACCACCCCCAGUGCAACUUCGACCAUGAACCCAAUGGAGAUGAUGACCCCCAAAUCUUACACAGACGACCAGAUCCCCUCGUCUCUGCCCCAGAUCAAGAAGGAGGAGGAUAUGUCAACGCCAUCACCAUCUCCAGCCCCUGAGAAGAAGACGACCAAAAAGCGAAAGUCGUGGGGUCAGGUCCUCCCUGAGCCCAAGACAAAUCUCCCCCCUAGGUAUGGCGACACAUUGAGGCAUGUUGUCGACGAGUCCACUGACACUCUAAACAGAAAACGAGCCAAGACCGAGGAUGAAAAGGAGCAGCGCCGCGUUGAGCGCGUUCUCCGAAAUCGCCGCGCUGCCCAGUCUUCUCGCGAGCGGAAGAGACAAGAAGUCGAAGCUCUCGAGAAGAGAAAUCAAGAGCUCGAGGAAGCCUUCAUGGCGGCCCAAGAAGCCAACGCCAAACUCAUGAGUGAACUUGAGCAAAUCCGACGGUCUGGAGCCGUCUCAUACUCCCCAUCGGUCCUGGACUCCUUCCGAGUAAACCCUUCACUAUCGCAGGAGCUUUUCGGCUCUAAGCACACACACGAACCUAUUGAUGGACUAGUAUCUUCAAACACCACUGUCGAUCCCACAGCACUCUCCCCUGUUCUGUCACCAGUGGCCGAAUCUUUUGAAGAGAUCGCCGAACAGGAGCCAUCGAACGAGGCCAAGCCGGAACUGACCGAAAGCACCUCUCCCGACCUGACACAACUGUCACAAGUCGGCGGAGAUGCCCAAGUCGUUCCCAGCGCCGCUAACCUCGAUGCCGCCAACCUUGGCCUGGCUCCCGCCCUUCCAGGCGAUGCUGCUUUCAGCCUUGGCAACUCUGACCUUUUGCCAACGUCCAUUGGCGCAGAUCGCUAUAUCCUUGAAAACAAGUAUCUCUCUUCAUCCGACUCCUCAAUUAUUGGCGACGAUAAUAUGGUUGGUGACGCUCCCGCGUUCAACCUCAACGACGACUUCGACAUCAGCCUCUGGCUCAACGACGAUAGCGCCAUUUCGGCAGAAUCUAUGGCAACGAGCGACUUCGCCGCUGCGAUCCAGGGCCUCGAGCCCAAGAUCUAUGAACCUGAGAAUCAAGUCUCUUCGGAAAAUCCUAUCCAGCAGCCCCAUCCUGGCGCGUCCACUCAAGGAUGCGACGUUGGUGGCAUUGCGGUUGGUGUCUGA